CUACCACUAUUGGCAUCAUCAAGACGGCAGAGCGCACACCGACUGUAUUGGUAUCUGGUUCACAAUGGCGGCGAGGAAGCUGGCUGCGGAGAUUGACAAGACGCUUAAGCGAAUUGCGGAGGGUGUUCAGGAGUUUGAGUCCAUUUACGAGAAGCUGCAGAGUGCAUCGACACCAUCACAGACGACAAAGUAUGAGUCUGAGCUCAAGACGUCAAUCAAGCGGCUUCAGCGCCAUCGCGACUCGCUUAAGACAUGGCUGCAGAGCAACGACAUCAAGGACAAAUCAGCCUUGAUGGAGAAUCGGCGGCUGAUUGAGACUCAAAUGGAGAGAUUCAAGGCGUGCGAAAAGGAAAUGAAGACAAAAGCUUUCUCGAAAGAGGGCCUCAUCGCAGCAGCGAGACUCGAUCCGGCGGAAAAGGCCAAGGUUGAGCUAUCGCAAUGGAUUUCGCAGCAAGUGGAUGAGUUGAGCCGGCAGGUGGAAGCCUCAGAAGCCGAGCUCGAGCAGCUGGCUGGUGGGGGCAAGAAGAAGAAGGGGGGCGCAGGCGCCGCCGCCGUCGAGAGAGUGGCGCAGCUCGAGCAUCUCAACGAGCGGAGAAAUUGGCACUCGUCUCGGCUAGAGAUUCUUCUGCGGAUGCUCGAAAACGGGUCUCUCGAGACGGAGCAGGUCGAGAGAGCAAAGGAGGACAUUUCCUACUUUGUCGAGACCAACGCCGAGGAAGACUUUGAGGAGGAUGACGGAAUAUACGACGAGUACAAUCUCGACGAUGAGGAAGAAGCCUUUGGGCUCAAGGACAACGACGACGCCAUCAGUCACGACGCAACUUCGCUCCCAGACGAGACUCCAAAAGCCCCAAGCAAGGACUCGUCUUCGACCAAGCAACGUCGCGAGUCCGAAGACGCGGGCAGACCAGAGGAGAAACCGUCAAGUGUAUCUGCGGCGGCAUCAUCAUCGCCCUCGACUGUGGCGGCCAAGAAGGGGCCCACAACAGCGGCGGCGAAAAAAGAGGCAACAGCAAAAGACAACAAGGCGGUCCCGCCGGCCAACUUUUCGCAAGCCAAAGCCCCUUCUUCGCAGCCUUCUGUCACAUCUCCCCAGCCGCCGAAAGCGCCCAGCGCUGGUGCAGCUGCCCUGCCCCCGAUCCGAUAUGCAGCUGCAGCUGCGGCGGCAGUGUCGCCGACGCAGGCGAUGGCACCGACGGCGCCAUCGGUGGCAUCACCAGGGCCGUCGAAUGCUCAAAGCUCUUCCGAUGCCCAAGGCUCAAAGGCAGAUGAGGCGUCAACAUUAUCGGCUGCAACGUCGCAGUCGCCGGCACCUUCGCACCCUCAGCAUUCUCAACAGUCGGCGCCCAGUGCAUCGAAUCCAGGCUCCCUUACAUCCACGCCGGCCACCGAGAGUGCGAGAGCAGCAUCUCUGUCUGCGAACCAUGACGUGGCCGACACGUCCCUGUCGGGGGCCAGCGCUUUGGGCGGACAACCAUUGUCGCCUGCGUCGGCUCACCAGGUGAACACUGCUGGCCCACCUGGUCUCGGUAAGCAUGUAAUACAACAGCAACAGGUCAACGGACACCAGGAAGAGGCCGACGAGCACAGGCAAGAUCAGUCGCAAUUUGAGCCUGCCCAGUUGGCGGCCAGCUCGGCCGCAGCCGGUGUCGUCCAGCCAGCGGGGGGCGGUGCAGGGACGCAGAGGGAACAGCAAGCGGCACAACGGCUCCAAGGCACCGAUGCGAGGCUGCCGAGCAGUCUGGCGGAUCUCGUCUCGAGCUUCGAGAGCGCAAAGCAGAACUCGAUGCGGAGAGACAACGACUUGUCCGAGGUGCACAAGUCGCUCGAGUCGUCGUUCAUGAAUGUGCCCGACGCUCAGGACAGCGACCGACCGAGGUACUAUGUACCUCAGAACCCGUGUCCGACGCCGGCUUGGUACCCGCAAUCGCCUGCUGCCAUCUUUGACAACCCGGCCAUCUAUGCCAGAUUCGACGAAGACACGCUCUUCUACAUCUUUUACUAUUCCCAGCGCGACUACCAUCGGUACCUGGCCGCACGGGAGCUCAAACGGCAAUCUUGGCGCUUCUCGAUGCGCUACGGGACUUGGUUCAGAAGGCAUUCCGAGCCCAUAACUAUCAACGAGGACUACGAAGAAGGGUCAUACAUCUACUUUGACUUUGAGUCGACGUGGUCCCAAAGGCGCAAGAACCUGUUCCGGUUCGAGUACAAGUACCUCGAGUCAGAGCUGUGACGGUGUUGUAAUCUAAUGUCGAUGUCCAAUGACAAUGCGGAGAAAGCCAAGCGCACCACUGUUUGUGAGCCU